UCCACGCUCCUUGAUAUUUUACUUCCCAUCACAAAAUUACAAAACUUUUUCAGAAUGACGACGUUAUAUAUGCAUCCUCUUCUUCUACACUAAUUUCCCAUGAAUUUCGUUUAUGCUUUUGCUUUCGAAUUUCGUCUUUAACAGCCAUGACCACGCUCGUAAAGCUACGCCUGACCCCAGAGAGCUUUAGCAAUCUCUGUUUCAGUAACCACCGUAGAACGUCGUCGCUCAGGCGGGGUUCUUGCCAUGACGGGGCUUCUCUAAGACCGUGCAAAGCGUUUAGGACUGAGGAUGGAGGAGAUUUGAAGGAGAAAAAGCGCCGGAAUUUGAAGAAAGAUGUGGUGAAAUUGAAAAGAGAAUAUGGGUUUUGGAGUUCUGUGAAUUUUAUAUUGUCGAAUACUUUCAAGGUUGGCUCAAAAUCAGACGAUGAGUAUCGGCUAGCUGUGGCCAAGGUGGAGGAGGUGCUAUCCUCUAUUGCUGUUCAAAUUGGAAGAUAUAUUGUGACUAUGAUGAGCACUGGGGUCAUUCUUGCCAUUGGAUUUCAGAUGUCAGGUGGAGACAGUCAGUUAGAUGCUCUGAUAUGGUAUAGCUGGCUUGGAGGAAUUAUCAUUGGAACAAUGAUAGGUGCUAACAUGGUAUUGGAGGAACAUUGUCGUGCUGGUCCACGUAAUGUUGUUAUCACUGGGAGUACAAGAGGAUUGGGUAAGGCUUUGGCUCGAGAAUUCCUUCUUUCUGGAGACCGCGUGGUUGUUACCUCUCGCAGUCCUGAGUCUGUGCAAGCAACUAUCAAAGAGCUCGAGGAAAACCUGAAAGAGGGAAUUGCCAAUGCAGUUGGCUCAUCUCUAACAAAGCUUUCUCAUGCAAAAGUGGUAGGCAUAGCUUGUGAUGUUUGUGAGCCUGAUGAUGUGCAGAGAUUGGCUGAUUUCACAGUCAAUGAGUUUGGCCAUGUUGACAUUUGGAUAAACAAUGCUGGCACAAAUAAAGGAUUUAGGCCAUUGCUUCAAUUCAGUGAUGAAGAUAUCAAACAGAUUGUCUCAACAAAUCUGGUUGGAUCAAUAAUUUGCACUCGAGAAGCUAUGCGUAUUAUGAGAAACCAGGAAAAGGGAGGUCACAUAUUUAACAUGGAUGGCGCAGGCUCUGGAGGUUCCAGGACACCCCUUACAGCUGUAUAUGGUUCUACAAAAUGUGGCCUUCGGCAGCUUCAAGGAUCACUUUUGAAGGAAUGCAAGCGAUCCAAAGUAGGAGUCCACACGGCAUCUCCAGGCAUGGUUCUUACGGAUCUUCUUUUAAGUGGCUCAACAGUACAAAAUAAGCAAAUGUUCAACAUCAUCUGUGAGCUUCCUGAAACCGUUGCUCGAAGUUUAGUCUCACGGAUGCGAGUCGUCAAGGGAACGGGUAAAGCCAUCAAUUACUUGACCCCUCCCAGAAUCUUACUUGCUUUGGUUACCGCAUGGUUACGAAGAGGUCGCUGGUUUGAUGAUCAGGGUAGAGCAUUGUAUGCAGCUGAGGCAGAUCGUCUUCGUAACUGGGCUGAAAACCGAGCCCGGUUUUCCUUCACUGAUGCAAUGGAAAUGUACACAGAGAACGCCUGGAUUUCAGUCUUCUCACUUUCAGUUGUUUGUGCCUUCAUAAUACUUUCUAGCACAGGCAAUAACAUGCCUGGCACAUGAUGUGUUGGCAAAUUCUGAAAGGUGCUUUUGCUAGCGGCGAAGAAGCACAUUGAUGCCUAGAAUUAUGAAGAUAACAACAUGAAUCUACGCCAAGUAGCAGGUGGAUCUUUUUUUCUCCACCAUAUCAACGCUCUUAAGGUCUGACCUAUGGCUUCCUAAGCACCAGUCUCAACUGUGAAAUCUUAGGCUGUGUUUAAAGAAUGCACUGUAAUUAAGCUCUCUCCAUUCAAAUGCUUAUAGGUAAUAGGAUGUAUUUCAUUCAUUAGAUUGUAAUGGGAUUCUCGUGUUCUCACUACAAUUCAUAUAUUUAUUUAUUUAUAAAAUUA